AUGCUGCGUGUGUCCUCGUUGCUGGUGGUCGCAGCUGCACAUUGGCCUGAAAGUCGGGGGCCAUGGUUUGGUGACCUUGGUGAUCUUCCUAGCAUUCUUGGGCUCGCGACAUCCAAGCUAUCAGCAAGCACCCGUAUGGGCGCAUGCACCCUGAUCAGCAAGAGCACCAUUUGUGAUGAUACAGGCCGCGGUGAGCCAGUUCAACGCCUGGUCUUCCAGCCUUCGGUUGGAAACUGCAUGAACAUCAACACGGCUCUGCGCCAAGUUGUGAUGGUGAGAGGGCGCAUGUACUCACCCACGCCCUGCCGGGUGGACAAUACUUUCGACCUCAUCAUCCGGGUGUAUCGGAAUGGCACGGUCUCGCGCUGGCUGGACAGCGUGACGCCUGGCACUGCGGUGGAGCUAACCCCAUUCCCGCCCAAGUUGCCAGCGAACCGCCGCAACCCGGGGCCGCGAGUGGGGCUGGUAGCUUACGGCGUGGGCAUCACCGAGCUAUAUUGGACGGCGGUCGAGGAGCUGAAAGACCCUAAGGUCGAGCAGGUGGUGCUGCUUUACGCCACCCGAACCCUCGACGAGCAGGCCGUCUAUGGCCCAGAGCUGGACGAGCUCGCACAGAAGGAGCCGCGCUUCCGCUUGGUGCGGCUAUUGUCCCGUGAAUGCAGCCCCGUGGCACUCAGUGGCCGUGUGAAUGCCACGCUUCUCUCCGAUGUCUUCCCGUGGUCUCACGAGCAAUGGCGCUCCACAGCCCGCUUCACCGCUGCCGGAUCAAAGGAGAUGAUGACUGCAACUUACGAAUGGCUUGCCGAACUGGGAUACCCGCCAGACUCUAGCAAGCUGAUCCGGGACCUAUCGUUUGCUUCAUUUUUCGGCUCUCGCUGA